GCCAUACACUGUAGCACAGAGCAGAAGCUGUAGAUGAGACUGGUCCGGAACACACACGCUGCAGUCAGGUGGAAAGGAGCUGCAGCAGACAAAGAAAUAUCCAUAUUAUAUCCUGAAAGAUAAUUGUCCUCCUGUCUGUGCUUCAGCUCCCACCUUCUGUCUGUGUUUAUACAACAGCGCUGCUUCAUUUCUCUUGUAGAAAAAAGCUAUUUUUCUAUUGUGUACUGUAUAUUAUUAUAUCUAUGACUGCUAGAUGAGACAGACCAGUGUUUGUACAAAUAAUGCAGACAUGUUCACAGUAAUAGAACCUCAUUCACGUCCAUACUCAUCCCCUAAUUAAAUCACUCUACUUCUAUAAACCUCUCCAUCACAUCUGCUCCCAAAACAAGUCUCACACUUAACCCAUUUAUUGACAUUUGCUUAAUUGAUUUACUGCUAACCCAUUUACAUCCAAUUCCUUGUCUGACUAAAAUCGUCACUUAACUCCAUCACUGCCUGGUCUUUCUUCAUCAUUACUCUCAUCUUCUCUUUCUUUCUCAUCACCUGAUAAUCCGAUGUUACUAUGACAGUUCCUUCUACCUAACAGACUACAGUGCCUCUUUCUGCUAAUUCAGAGAAAUGCACUUUAUUAAGUUUCCAAUCCUCAAAUGAACAAGAAGGCAUAGGAAAAAGUGUAUUAUUCCAAUGUUGGUGAGUUAGGUGAUCUUUCCUGCAUGUCCUUAUGCAGCAAGCAUAAUAUAUUAAUGUGCAUGUGUCUGUGUUUUGCAACAAGUAGGGAGCUCGCUCAGCUCAAUGUUUGUGCCAUGCGCAUGAACAUCAGCUGCUGACAGAACACGAGGAAAGAGGUGAGAGAGUCCAGGCAGAGAUAGGCAGUCACACACAGGAGAGGAAGCACUGAACAGAUCGCAGCACUCUCCUCUGCCUGAGCACACACACUGCCACAGAAAACAAACUUCUCUAACUUACACAGCACAGUAUGCUGUGGUCUCUUCACAUCCCCACCUGUUAGAUCUGCACUGCUGGGAAACCUGCAUUAUUUUGGGGACUUCAUCCAGUAAAAUCAAUAUCUGAAACAUUUGGAGAAGUGGUAACAGCAGUAUAGUUUAGUGUAGCAUACAGUUGCUUUGAAGAGUUAAUUGGUCAGUGACAUUCUUUGAAGAUCCAAAGCAUUAGAUAUGGAUCAGAUUACAGAACUCAGGAACAGGAGUGAGGGGCUCACCCUGGAAUUGAAUGGAUCUGCUGAGCAAUCUGUAAGACCUCUCUUAGGUAUUGGCAUUGACAAUGUUAUAAUUCUGGUGGUGUUUGGCAUUAUAUUUGCACUGGGGGUCUUAGGCAACUCAUUGGUCAUCACUGUACUAGCAAGAAACAAACCUGGGAAGCCCCGCAGCACCACUAACAUCUUCAUAUUAAAUCUGAGCAUAGCUGACCUUGCCUAUCUGCUGUUCUGCAUCCCUUUCCAGUCUACUGUCUAUGUCCUGCCAACAUGGGUGCUCGGAGCCUUUAUCUGCAAGUUCAUCCAUUACUUCUUCACGCUGUCCAUGCUAGUUAGCAUCUUUACCCUGUCUGCUAUGUCAGUUGAUCGUUAUGUGGCAAUAGUGCACUCCAGAAGGUCCUCUUCCAUCCGUGUAUCAAGGAAUGCCCUUCUUGGAGUAAUCCUUAUCUGGCUCCUGUCCAUUGCCAUGGCUUGUCCUGUUGCCUAUAACCAACGCUUGAUUCACAGGAGCAACAAUGAGACUUUCUGUUGGGAGUAUUGGCCAAAUCAGAAGCACAAGAGGAUCUACCUUGUGUGCACCUUUGUGUUUGGGUACCUGAUCCCCCUGCUUCUCAUUUCUUUCUGCUAUGCCAAGGUUCUUAACCACUUGCAUAAAAAGUUAAGAAACAUGUCAAAGAAAUCAGAAGCUUCCAAGAAAAAGACUGCACAAACAGUUCUCGUUGUUGUUGUGGUAUUUGGAAUAUCGUGGCUGCCUCAUCACGUGAUCCACCUGUGGGUGGAAUUUGGAAAUUUCCCUCUGACGCAAGCAUCAUUCGUCUUCAGAAUUAUUGCUCAUUGCCUAUCAUAUAGUAACUCCUCUGUGAAUCCUAUCAUUUAUGCAUUUCUGUCUGAAAAUUUCCGAAAAGCCUAUAAGCAAGUGUUUAAAUGCCAGAUUGGGUGUGACUCAAUGCAAAGUGAUGCUAAAGAAAUAAAAAGCAAGAUCGAAACGCCUCCAUCUACGAACUGCACUCAUGUUUGACUAGGCUGAAAUGAUCAUCCUGUUCAGAUCAGUAAAACAGUUGCAAUAUUUCAAAGCACAUACUUGGCUAAAAUUGCAACUACAUUGUCAGGUUUUAAUAUAGCUGGCACCUGCUUCAGUUAACAUACAUCUUCUAAGUUAUAUCUUGUAAGCUACUGAUAUUUCAAAAGUUCAAAAUCAAGUGAAGUGCUCUUGAUCAAAAGAGUUGUAAGAAGAGUAUCUUAAAAACUUUUUAAAUUGUAAAUUAAAAUAUUUUUUUAUGUUUAAUGAUAAAUCAUUCAAAGUGCUGUGUAAGCCAGUUUAUAGUAUCUGCCAACAUUAUGUUAAUAUUAUUGUUGCAUUAUGAUGUUAUACUUAAUACAUGUUAAAUGUUAAGGCUGCUGUUAAAAAAUAUGCUGUAAAGUAUAGCUACAAAUAUAAAACAUUUUUGUACAAGUGUAGGAAAAAGUAGGACAGAGGACACACAAGAUUUUUUUUUGUGUAUGAUAUAUCACGUGUAGUUAAAUAACUAUCCACACUACAUGGGAUAGUGAACCACUAAUUAGAUACAGACUUUAUUUAUGAAAGCAUUAUUUAAAUGGAAUGUAUAUAAUAAUGCUUUUUUAUAUCUUAUUUAUUUAUUCAUUCAUUUAUUUUCAAUAUAAUAGCAAGUUUGAAUCACACUUUAGUUUAUCAAUUUUAAGAUGAGGAAAUAAGAUUUAUAAAAAAAAUUCUGGUUUCCAAAUACAAUGUUAAUAUUAUGGUAUUUUUGUGUUACGAAAUAAUAAAAAAUACAUUUAUCUUGCCCACCUACUGUACAUGAUGAAAUAAGCAGACAUGUUAGCAUGAUAUAAAUAAUGAAAACAAUCUUGUAAUUAACUGUAUAUUUCACUAUUUUAUGUAUUUCUCUAUGAAACAAAUAAGUUUAUUCAUACUAAUUAUUAGAUAUUUCCAUUAAUGCAGAUGUUUUUACUUGUUAGUUUAGCAAUUAGAUUGUAAUGUGAUAUACUGAUCAUGUUAAUACAGUAUAUUUUGCUCUUUGUUACACUACAUUAAAUGUAAGCAUGAUGUUUAUGUAUGGUAAUGCUGUGCUGUACACUGAAUUAUUUUUGCAAUAAAAAUUUAACUUGUCCUGCAAAUGUGAGAAAAUUAAAUAUAGAGCAUUUUUUUAUAUUUACAUUUU